ACAAUUUAGGUCUGGUCACACCAAUGCAAACAAAAAAACACGACUAAAAGUAAACAAUUGAAUAAAUCAGUGAUAAGGCGUCUUAUAAGAAAACAAGAUUCUGGUGUCAGGAUGACGGAGGGCAGCACCCAUUGGCUGAACUGGUGUCGGCUGUGCGCCAAAGACGACGCCCGUGGCAAUGUGAAGGUGCAAAUGAAUGUAAAUUCCCAAGGAACAUGGGACAAUGUCUUAGUUAUGACCAUUCGGAAAUACUUCGAGGUGCACAUGCAACUAGAGGAUGAGGAGAGCAGCGUGCUCUGCACCGAGUGCUAUACUCUCAUCAGUGAACUAAUCGAUUUUGCAGAGCAUGUUACGAAAGUUCAGGCCAUUUUCGAGGUCCUGCGACGAACAGAAACGGAACCAGACAAUCACCUAGAUUUGGCUGCUCUGCGUCAGCAGUAUGGUCUAUGCGAAGAAGACUGGACGCACAUCAUUAAACCCAUACAGGCACCAGAAAUCGAAAUGGGCAUGGACGACACAGAAAUCCAUCAAAAGCAUGCCAAAGUGGUACAGGAAUCUCCGAUAGUGGAAGAAACCAGCAUAGAAUCAGAAAUAUCAGGAAGGGAAACAAUGUCCCAUGAAAUUAUAACCAAAAAGACUCUAGAACUUGAGAUACCGAAGCAAGAAUUCGUUGAUAUAGGUCCCAUUCUCAUGGAAAAUAAUAAAAAUAGACUGGAUAUGGAGGAUUCCCUAGUUGAACUACCUGAAGAGGAGUUAUCCGAAUAUCGCGUGGACAGCACAACCUCCCCACUUUUCCAGGGGCAUGAUGUCAAGUCAGAAAUGCCUGACAGCUAUGAUGAUGAUCCUGAAUUCCUGCCCGAAGAAAAUCAACAAACGAAUCGAGUCGAUAUAGCAAAUGCUCCAACGCCAAAUGCUCCAGAAUCAACUGCAGAGGAAAAAGCCAAACGUGGACGCAUGAAAUGUGAGAAAUGUGGUAAGGGCUAUCGAAAUCGCGGCUCCUACGAGAAACACUUGGAACGGGAGUGUCGCAGGAUCGAGCGGCGGGUGAAAGUAGACAAAGCCACAACCACCUGUGACCUUUGCAACAAAACCCUAUCCUCUGCCACAGCCCUUAAGCUGCACAAAGAGGGCAUCCAUCAGAAUGUCAAGCCAUAUAUCUGCGAUAGUUGUGGAAAGCAAUUAAAGACAAUUACAGCCCUAAACGAACAUAAACUGGUGCACACAGAUAGUCGUCCUUUCGAGUGUGCCGUUUGCAAGGCCGGCUUUAAGAACCGUGCUCGUCUGAAGGCCCACCAUCAAAUCCAUGCGGAGCCCAGUUUUGUUUGCAACAUCUGCGGCAAAAAGCUGCAAACGCGGCGCACCUGGAAUAUGCACAAGGUGGUGCACAGCGAGGAGCGGCGCCUGAAGUGCGAUGUCUGCGGGGCGCUUUUUAAGCGCUCAAAGACCCUCAAGACCCACCUGCUCAGCCAUACGGGACUGCGGCCCUACGUUUGCAACUACUGUGGGAAGUCCUUUGCCUGCAACGCCAACUGCCGUUCGCACAAGCUUAAGAAACAUCCCCUCGAAGCUCAGCAGGAGGAGGGUGCCAGGAUCUCAUCUCGCCUGAAUGUUCCUACGUUGGAAGAACUUCGUGUUAUGACUCAAAAACUACCAAAAAGAACAGACUAAUGUCACAAAAUGUUUUCCACAAAUGUUUUUAAUUUGUUUGCGUUAAAACCGAACAAACUUCGAUAUGAGAUUAAAUCGAAUGUCUUUUUUGGACUUAUUUUUCCUUUGAUUGUAAUAUAAUGUUAGUUACUUGAAUUAUUUAACUUCUUACCUUGUCAAGAGAAGUUGAAAUUAUUUUCAAUUCGUUUGAUUGCCACUGCAGCUGCAAUUAGCCUCUUAGAAGAAAAUAAAACGCAUUUGAUUUAUUUAAAAACAAAA